AUUCCUCGUCUCCACGAAAGCCAUCUACUGAACGUACUAUCUAGCAAAGUUCAAGUUGACUUUUGUCUCUCUCCGCUUAGCACCUUGCGCGCUCCUUGUCAUGCGAUUGCACAACUAAGCGGUCAUUUAUUGAGCUGCGCUGUCAUCCUCAAUAAGCUUCGCUGAAUUGGAAGCCCAGCUUGUCCAAACAUCCCAGUUUGGCUUGCUGAACAUUCUUGCGCAGCUUCACGCUGUCGCUAACCUGUAAUUUUGCAAGCAAACUUGAGGAGACCGCUGCGACAGCACCUGGCGUGCAGCUGCCAACAUGGCGGAGCUGCACGUCAUCGGGCAAAUCCAGGGUGCUAUCGGCUUCCCCAGCCAGAACCUGUUCUGCAAGUGGGGAGUCGCUGCAGGGCGAAGCUGGGAGCUACUAGAGGGUUUGGACUCUGGGCAGACGCAACUCGACCUGGCACCAGAGGGGGAGCCGGUCGUGUGGGCCCAUCCACUUGACCUCCACUACGCAUGUCGCGGCCUAGCCGGCUGGCCAAAGCUAUACUUCCAAGUCUGGAGCCAGGACGUACAUGGCCGAAAUGACAUAUGCGGGUACGGCUUUUGCCACGUGCCGACGGCGCCGGGGCAAUACGAGAUUGAAUGCCCCACGUGGAUACCGGAGGGCACUGCGGGCGAGCGCAUUGCGGCGUUCUUCCUGGGCGGCAAUCCCCGGCUCAAGUACGAGGAGGUGGUGUACACGCCCGGAGAUCGCUUCCGCCUCAACACCGUGUCGGCGGGGUUGGUGCAGGUGCAGCUGGGCGUCAUUGUCAAGGACUUUGAGCGCAACCACGUGCACUUUGGGUGAUGGCUGAGCUGAUAAGGGGUCGGGGGCGGGGAUGGUGGUUGUUGGAGUGGGUAGAGGCAUCGCCGGUGUUGGGAUGGCUGUGUGUGCUGGUGGGAGGUGAGGCGGAGGUAUGAUGGAACAGGUGACCCUGACAGCAGAUGCGGAUGCGAUCAGUUGCCAGCUGUAAAAUAAUUCAUAGCAAGGAGUGCUGGGCGUGAGUGCUAGGUAGCGAGUGGGGCACCUUUCCUUGCUUCGGCGUCGGUGACUCCGACAACUAGUUAAGGAUGGCAAAGGACUGCUCAGAGGAGAAGUGCGCAUAUGGCGAAGUGCCUUGGGUUCCGGAGGUAACGGAGUGAAGGAGCUGCCUCACCGGCGAAA